CAACAUACAUGUUAAAUUGGGGGUCGCGACUCAAAAAGGUUGAGAACUACUGUUUUAAAGGGUAUAUUUAAAGCCCAGCCGCCACCACUACACACACACACGCGACACGCGUGCGCGUGCUCACAUAACUUUAUUUAGUAUAUAGUCCAGUGGGCGGGACUCUGAGUGUGGCCGGGCUGCAGGGAAACUCUUCAUUCAGCCUCCGUCUGUGUGUGGAGACAGUCUAUAUUGGACCUUUUAGCGCUUCGUUCAGCGCUAAAUGAGAAUAUAAAUUGUGAGGUGUGUGUGUGCGGGCAGCGCCAGGAUCUCCCCCUCAACAGGCUGUGUCCCCGAUACUCCGCCGCCGGGGCUGCUGUCUCAUCUCUGGGCAACUUUUGGAAUAUAGGACGCCGGGGCUUCUGCUCGGGUGAAGCUCCUCUUCCUCACACACUUUGGUCUGGACUCGCCUGACACAUAUCCCUCAACAUAAAGAUUUGGCGUUUCUUUGGCGGACUCGAGGAGGUGGUGGACAUCUGGUCCCCGGUAGACAUUUGGUCAGUGCGGAUGGGACUUAAAAGACUUCAGAAAGGGCCUGGUUGGGAAAAGGAGUGAGUAUGGACAACCUUUCUGACUUCGGGGGCUCCUGUCCAUCCACAAGGAGGGAAUGGGACACCAACAGCUGUGUGGAUGAUUUAAUGGAUGAAGAUGAGAAAGACAGGGCAAAAAGGGCAUCUCGGAACAAAUCAGAAAAGAAAAGAAGAGACCAAUUCAAUGUGCUCAUCAAGGAGCUAUGCACCAUGCUGCAGGGUCAGGGACAUCCACGCAAGAUGGACAAGUCUACCAUUCUGCAGAGGACCAUUGACUUCCUGCAGAAACAGAAAGACAUCACUGCACAGAACGAAACUUGUGAUGUGAGACAGGACUGGAAGCCUUCGUUCCUCAGUAAUGAGGAGUUCACUCAGCUAAUGCUGGAGGCCCUAGACGGUUUCUUGGUAGCAUUAACUACAGAUGGCAACAUCAUAUACGUAUCUGACAGUGUGUCUUCACUUAUUGGACAUUUACCGUCAGAUAUGGUGGACCAAAAUAUCUUGAAUUUCCUCCCCGAGCGGGAACACGGGGAGGUGUAUAAGCUGCUAUCAUCCCACAUGCUGAUGACUGACCCCAUUGCUGCUGACUUCCUUGACAAUGAGGCACAUAUUGAAUUUUGCUGCCAUCUAGCCAGAGGUAACAUAGACCCAAAGGAGCCGCCUGUAUAUGAAUAUGUCAAGUUUGUUGGAGAUUUCAAGUUUCAUAACAAUGUGCCUACAUCUUCUUGUAACGGGCUCGAUUUGUCGUUACCAAGAAGUCUGCAGUCUUCGCUGGAGGAGCAGGUCUGCCUCAUCGCUACUGUACGAUUAGUCACUCCACAGUUUCUAAAGGAUUUGUGCAAUGUGGAAGAUCCUUGUGAUGAAUUCACAUCCAGACACAGCCUCGAAUGGAAGUUCUUGUUUUUGGAUCACAGAGCUUCACCAAUCAUAGGCUAUUUGCCCUUUGAGGUUCUCGGAACGUCUGGCUAUGAUUACUAUCAUGUGGAUGACUUGGAGCUCAUAGCUCAGUGUCAUAAGCAGCUAAUGCAGUUUGGAAAGGGUAAAUCCUGCUACUAUCGCUUCCUGACCAAAGGUCAGCAGUGGAUCUGGCUGCAGACCCACUACUACAUCACAUACCACCAGUGGAACUCCAAGCCUGAGUUCAUUGUCUGUACUCACACUGUUGUCAGUUAUGCUGAAGUGCGAGCUGAAAGAAGGAGAGCGUUUGGCUUCGAGGAGCUGUCUCCUCCUGAGAUCGCUCCCUCUUCAGUCAAGGCUCAGGAGCUGUAUCUGGACAUCUGCUCCACGCUGGACCCUCCGCGGGACCGAGACAGCGGUGCACGUUCGGUAUCCUCCCACAGCUCCCGGAAGUCCUCCCACACAGCCAUGUCGGACUCUGCAUCAGCUAACUCCUACACAGAGGCCUGCACGCCGUCAUGGCAGCCUGCUUCCAUCGGGACAGAGAAGACGUCUACCAGACUCCAACCCAGCAGUUCAAAGAAUUUGACACAAAGACAAAAUUCCUUUGACCUCGUUCCCCAACUGAGCCUCCCCCUUUCUCCUACCUGCAGCAAGCACUCCGCCAUGCAACCACAGCAGCAGUUGUCUCCUAUGUAUCAGCUGCAGCAGCCCCAGCUCUGUGUAAUGAACCAGCUGAAGGAGCAGCUGGAGGAGAGGACGCGCAUUCUGCAAGCUGACAUUAAGACGCAGCAGCAGGAGCUGCACGACAUUAAGGAGAAGCUUCACCUCGCUAAUCUCCAGAUGUUGUUACAGCAGCCUAUCCACAAUGACUUUGGCCAGACCCAGCAGCAGCAGCAGCAGCAGCAGCAGCAGCAGCAGCCGGGCUCGGGCCGGCCGGCCCAGCAGGGCCAGUCGGGGGUGAUCAGGCAACUCUCAGGCCACCCGAAGCCCCAGUCCUGCGGAGGUCCCCACAGUUCAUCCCCUCACUCACUCCUGAGAGAGAACAGCUCACCAUCAACGCAGCAGAGGAUUGCACGCAGCGGGCAGGUGAGCGUUCCCGUGCAGACGAGCACCAGCGUGACGAUGCCCUUCUACAGCAACCCCAUGAUGUUCUCUCAGACCAACACCAGGUCUCUGCAGGACGCAAACCAAAGACACACAGACGGCGAGUUCAACCAAGAUGGACAACUACGCAUGCUCCUCAACCAGCCGAUGCAGACUUUGGUUCCCACUAGCAGUGUCACCUCGCAGCCUUCCCAGUGCAACAUGGGCAUCUCUCAAACCAUUUCCUCGUUAUGCCCUCCCAACAGAUACACUUUGGAGCAGCAGAUCAUCGGCCCGUCGUUCUCCAUGCAGCAGGUCAACUGUAACGCCGUCCUGGUGCCCUCCCCGGUCUUCACCUCCCCCAUAGUGCUCCCACACAACAACUUCAUCACAAACCAGUCCCAGUCAGCCUACCACACUCAGCCUCAGGCCUCCCAGCACUCUCUGCAGCUCCAGCAGCCGCAGCAGUUCUUUCAGAUGGCUCAAGGACUUGUCCACGGUGGAUCUACUCCAGCAUUCUUACACACCACUAACGUCCCGCAGCAAAGCACUGUGGGAUACAUCCAGCAGCAGCAAACACAGCAACUGCCCCAAGCACAACAGCAACAGGCGCAACAGCAACAAAGGCAAUACCAACAUUCCCAAAAUCAGACUGGCAGUGUUUCAGACUUCCGAAAUAUGCUGACUCGGUAGCGCUGUUAGAGCGAGGAGAUCUCCCUCUGUGUCGUCACCAUGGAGACGGCAGCACGUUGUGGCGUUUGGAAGCCAAACUUGACGUCAAGUUCAAGUUCUGCAGCAGAAAUGCCUGAAAGUGGAAAACUGCUUCUAGUGACCUUACUGUUGAUGUGAAGCCGCCUGUCUGGACAUCACUGGAGUGAACGCCGCCAGCAGAGGCGGCGCCGACCGACCCGACGCCACCUGCAGGACCCGAGGAGCGUCUGUGGUGCUGCUGCGCCCUCAUCACACUCAGACUGCUGCAACAAGUGGAUUAUCAAAGCUCUCAAGAAGACUCUUCACAUGUUUACAUGUGGAGCUUUUUCAUCUAAGAGACUUUCCUUCUAAGUGUCUGUUUGCACUUUGGUACCGCCCCCUACCAAAAAAAUAGAAUAUUUAUUUUUGCCCGUGAAUCUAUUUUCCUCACUAAGAAUGGCAGAACAACCUCCAGCUCCACAAACAAUCAUCAACCCUGCACAGAUGUUUAGAGGUUCGUCUCAUAAAGGGAUUAGUGUACAUAGGAACGUGACAUCAGUGUCUGUUUCAGUUGGCAGACGUCAGAAUUCGCUCCCCAAACCAACAGUCUGGCCUCCAAAAAAUCACAUUCUCAUACAACAAAACAGCAUUGUCGGAUACAUUUUUAGGGAAACACAUUUUCUCCAAAAUAUUGUUCGUUUUUGACGUAUAUGACAAAUAAAUUUAAGUCGGGAGGAGGUGGGAUGGAUGGAUGGUGUAAAACCAAAAGUCUACAUUGACUUAUUUAACAUACUCUGAACCAUUUGUUUUCUUUAAGAGAUUGAAAAAAAAAAAAAAACCAACAGUUUAUUGAAGAAAGAAACUGUAAAAACAGGCAUUAUCGUCAGAUUUAGAACUUUCUGACAUUCCUGAUAAGCCAAAACUCUGCUUAAAAUUGUGAUUUUUCUGUCAAAAUCACUUCAUUCUACAUGUCCUUCCAUAGGGGUGCAGGACUUAUACAUUUUAUAUAUUGCAGUAAAAUACAUAGUGAGUUAAAUGUAAAAAGAGCAAAAAAACGUCCUGAAAUGGCUUGUUGGGGUUCAGAGUGUUACUGACAUUAGGUAACGUAUUUAUCAAACUUAAGCCUUGUAAAUCUAACUGAGAAUGCAGUUUAGUUGUAUGGGAAAUGUAUUUUUGGGAGACCAGGUUGAAAUGAUGAAACAGUAUGUUGAUGGUAAGUCACUAGAGUAGUCUAGACGGAUUUCAGAAUAAAGGCCUCCUAUAAGAAGUGAGGAGCAUUUAUGGGUACAAGUCAGGAACCGGCCUACCUUACAUAUCUCAAGGGUGCUGAGUCCAAAAAAAUGGUUCCCAAGCGAAAUUUUGAGUUUUUGACCUUCUAAUUUGUAUCAAAUGGCCACCAAAUUGCCCAUCUUGCUCAGUCAUUGGACCAUUUCCACUUAGUUUUUUUGUAAGUAGGCAAUCAAGAUGAGGAAAUUAAGUUUCUGGAUCUAUAGUCUAGAGUCAGAGCAAGAAUAUAGUGGAGGCUCAGUGUCUUUUUUAUGUAUAUAUAUAUAUAUAUGCAAAAUACCAACUGGAACAUUUAAAAGUGAUAUUGAUUGAAUAUUUAUGUCGGCCUUAAAAAAACACACAA